AUGAAUCAGCUGGCAAGCUGUAAAAAUCCAGGCGAAUUUAAUCCAGUGCAGGAGCUAAUUUUGCGAAACGCCUUUCAGCGCAAUGUUUUGCUGUUGCCACCCAGCUUGAAAUAUGGCGCACUGAAUGCAAAUGCUGAAUAUGAGCAGCUGGCUAUGAGUUAUGACAGCCUCGUCAGCCAGGGCUCGCCGAAUAGAACGGAAUCGGAUCUCUGCAUGCGUGAUAUAGUCACUCUGGAUACGAGCCGGUGUAAGCUGAGUCUGAACUGCUUGGACCUGCUGACCAGCGAGGCGCCAGCCUAUGGCUAUCAGCGCACUCAUCAGGUGCUUCUGCUCUACAUGCUGCAGCAUCACAAAUGUGCGCCCCGCCUGAGCCCGCCCCAGCUGUACGAGGAGCUGGCGAAGGGACACUGCAAUGAGAUCUUAGGCGAACAAAAUGCGAUACGCAGCCUGGCGCUGGGCAUGGGCAAGUACAAGGAUCUCUAUCUGGAGCAAGCAACUAUUUGUGGUCUCUGGGGCUACAAUGAGUUCCUCAACUGGCGCAAUGCGCAGAAGAGGGGAGGAGUGGGCGAGGAGGCGCUGGAGGAGGUGGAAGAAAACAUGGAAGCCAGCCAGGAGCAUGGCUCUUGGAUAUUAAUGCCUCAUUUGCUGCAAGUGACGAAGUGGGGCGGCAGUUGCAGCACCCACUAA